AUGCUCUUCUAUUUGACAUCACGACUUAUCAGUGCGACCGCAGCGUUUCUCUACCCGGGCUACGCCUCAUACAAGACCCUCUCACAACGCCCAGCUUCCGAGGCAGAACUCGAGCGAUGGCUCAUGUACUGGAGCGUGCUGGGCUGCAUCGUCGCCGUUGAAUACGUGGCAGAGUGGCUCAUCUCCUGGCUGCCGCUCUAUUACCCUUUGAAGACUGUCUUCCUGCUCUACCUCGCGCUGCCGCAAACAGCGGGCUCCGCCUACCUCUACCACGCCCACCUCCGCCCCUUCUUCGCCGCGCAUGAGAACCAGAUCGACAGCGCGCUCGCGCAGUUCAAGGUCUACCUCUACACCUCCCUCCAACGCCUCCUCCGCCGCGCCUGGGAGCACGUCUCCGGCACCGUCGCCCAGAUUCAGUCCACCCCCGCGGGCGACUCGCCGCUGGAAGAGGAGGCGGCUACGCACACCGGUGCGCAACCCUCGCUGGGCGACCCCGUUUCGGGCCCCGCGCAGCUCGUGGCUGGGCUGUGGGGAACGUACGGUCCGGGCCUCCUGGCAUCCGGGGCCAUGCUUCUGCGGCAGGCGCAGACGUCCGCGGCGCAGGCCGCUGCGAACGCGAAUGCGCAGGCGGGAUCUGCGCGUAGGCAGUCGGGCGGGGGUAGCGCGUCGGAGCGCCGGAGGCAGCUGGAGGCGGAGCUGGCGUCGCUCCCGAACGAGGGCGUUCAGGGCUACGACAUGUCGUCGGCGAUGUCGAGCCCGGCAUUCGAGUCGGUGCCCAUGCCGCCUGCGGACAACCCGUCGCGCAACUCUUCCUCGGGAUCGCUGAGGGAACGCGCUGGGAGGUCGACGUUUGAGGAGGUCGAGGUGCCGAGCGAUAUGGAGGGCGAGGGGCCGGCCAGUCCUAGAAUGCCGGAUGCCGCACGGAGGUCGAGCUGGUUUGGAUGGGGUGGCGGUGCUGCUGAGUACGAGCGGGUGAAGACCGACUGA